AUGGGUGUCCCCGCGCUGUUCCGAUGGCUGUCCAACAAGUACCCAAAGAUCAUCUCCCCGGUGAUCGAGGAGUUGCCGCAGGAGGUGAAUGGUGAAGAGAUUCCAGUCGACACUACGCGCCCGAACCCCAAUGGAGAAGAGAUGGACAACCUGUACCUGGACAUGAACGGUAUCGUUCAUCCAUGUACUCAUCCCGAAGGCCGCCCGCCGCCAACGAACGAGCAGGAGAUGAUGUUGGAGAUCUUCAAGUAUACCGAUCGAGUUGUCAACAUGGUUCGCCCCCGAAAGCUCCUCAUGAUUGCUAUUGAUGGUGUUGCACCGAGAGCGAAGAUGAACCAGCAGCGUUCCCGUCGAUUCCGAUCCGCGCAAGAGGCCGCUGAGAACGAUGAGAAGAAGGCGGAGCUCCAAAAGCUGCUUGCCAAACAGCGAGCCGCAAGAGGUGAGGAUGCUGUCAUGGAGGAAGAAGUUGUCCACAAGACCUGGGAUAGCAACGUCAUCACUCCCGGUACUCCCUUCAUGGAUAUCCUUGCUGCCUCUUUGCGGUAUUGGAUUGCCUACAAGCUCAACACUGAUCCUGCUUGGGAAAAGAUGAAAAUCAUCAUCUCGGAUGCCACGGUACCCGGAGAAGGUGAGCACAAGAUUAUGGAAUUCAUACGAUCACAAAGAGCAUCGCCAGAGCACGACCCCAACACCCGUCACGUUAUUUAUGGUCUUGAUGCCGAUCUUAUCAUGCUUGGACUUGGCACUCACGAGCCCCAUUUCCGAGUUCUACGUGAGGAUGUUUUCUUCCAAGAGUCGAAGCCUCGGGGAUGUCGAUUGUGCGGUCAGCCUGGCCACAAAGCUGAAGAGUGCACUGGCCGUGCGAAGGAGAAGAGCGGAGAAUUUGAUGAGAAGCAAAACGCAGUUCCGCUCAAACCAUUCAUCUGGCUGCACGUCUCUGUUCUGAGAGAGUAUCUGGCUGCUGAACUGCAGGUCCCUCAACAACCAUUCCCCUUCGAUCUCGAACGAGCUCUGGAUGACUGGGUCUUCAUGUGUUUCUUCGUCGGAAACGACUUCUUGCCCCAUCUUCCCGCGUUAGAUGUCCGUGAAAACGGUAUUGACACCCUUAUCGCCAUCUGGCGUGACAACAUUCCGGCUAUGGGAGGUUAUUUGACAGAGGAUGGACAAGUCAAUCUCGCCAGAGCUCAGCUCAUCUUGCAAGGCGUCGCCAAACAGGAAGAUGCCAUCUUCCGACGCCGUAGACAGGCCGAUGAGAGAAAGGCCGCGAACCAAAAGAGACGUGAGGAACAGGAGAGAGCUCGAAACAAUGAACAUGCCAGCAAACGGAGACGCAGUUCGCCGCAAUACAACAACAACCAAUCCCAAGGCGGCGAUGACAAUGCUCCCCCUCCUGGAGUGGAACUAAUCACCCCAGGUCGUGGCCACUUGGACAAGGAGACCAGAGAGUUGACUCACAGUAUGGUUGUGAACCGGGGCGCCGUGUAUCGUGCCAACAUGGAGAACAAGAGUGCCGCCGCUGUGCUGAAAAGCAAACUCAUGAAGGGCUCUGCUGAACCUGCCGCUGAGAAAGCAGCAGAGGGCGAUGCUGACACGCCUGCUGUUCUUGGAAAGAGGAAGGCCGAUGAAGCCGACGAAGCCAGUGAAGCCGAGAAGCAGGAGGCUGAGUCCGGAACUCCUGGAAGAGACUCACCUCCUCCCCCACCUGUCAAACCCAAGGAGAACGAGGAACCCCAGGAUACCGUUCGACUCUGGGAGCCUGGCUAUGCUGAUCGUUACUACGAGCAGAAAUUUGGCGUUGAUCCUGAGGAUCAUGAAUUCCGCCACAAGGUCGCCCGUGCUUACGCUGAGGGUCUCGCCUGGGUACUUCUCUACUAUUUCCAGGGUUGUCCUUCUUGGACUUGGUAUUACCCCUACCACUAUGCUCCCUUUGCUGCGGACUUUGUGGAUAUCGCGGAUAUGGUCCUCGAUUUCAAGAAGGGCCAGGCAUUCAAGCCAUUUGAGCAGCUGAUGGGAGUCCUGCCGGCAUCCUCUAACCAUGCACUGCCCGAAGUGUUCCACGACCUCAUGAGCAACCCGGAGAGUGAAAUCAUCGAUUUCUACCCCGAGGAUUUCCCUGUGGAUCUCAACGGCAAGAAAUUCGCCUGGCAAGGUGUGGUCUUACUUCCUUUCAUUGACGAGAAGCGUCUCUUGAAGGCUAUGGAAAAGAAAUAUCCUCUUCUCACUGAAGAUGAACGUAAUCGCAAUACCCACGGCCGCGAGGUACUAUUGGUAUCGGAUCAACACCCCCUUUACCAGGAACUUGCCGCCACCUUCUACUCGAAGAAGCCUGGCCCACCCCAACACACAUUGAACAUGCGCGUGAGCGAUGGUUUGGCUGGUAUCGUUGAACGUAGCGACACAUAUAUUCCCCAUGGAUCCCUGAUCUCCAAUUUGGAAGACUAUGGCAUGCCCGGCCUUGAUGAUGACCGCAGCCUAACGGUUAAUUAUACUAUCCCCAAGUCCAAUCACCUGCACAAGUCUAUGCUGCUUCGAGGCGUGAAGUUCGCAACACCCAUGCUGAACUCAGCCGAUGUUCGCGCAGUCAAGGGCCGCGCUCAGCAUUCCGGCCGCCAAUUCGGAGGUGCUCCAUUGAACGGGCGAGGGCGAGGUGGCCGUAUGGAUUACGGAGGAGGAGGAGGAGGCCGCCCUAACCCAUUCGCGGCGCAUCUUGACCCUCGUUUCAUGAACAUGCCACAGGGUGGCCAAGGUGGUCCAGGUGGCCCGCAUGGUGGUCAACAAGGUAUGGCCCCUGGGUGGGUGCCCCCUCAACAAGGUGGUGGUGAUUACUCCCGUGGUCCACCCCCACCCCCACGUGGUGGUUAUCAGUACCCCCCUAGAGACUACCAUCAACAGGGCCAAUACAACCAACAGGGCCAGUACAAUCAGCAGAGUCAGUACAAUCAACAAGGCCAGUAUGGUGGACACCAGAACUAUGGGUCUCAAGACAACCGGGGCAGAGGUGGCUACCGAGGUAGAGGACGAGGCCAAAACUCAGGCUAUUCCGGAAAUCGUGGAGGUGGAGGCGGUGGAGGCUAUGGACGUUAUUAG